AUGUUCAUGCCUCAACUCGACCACGUAUCCGCCAUAUCCAUCCUUCCUGACGAUAUUCUCACCGUCAUCUUUCUUUACUUUCCCAUACCGACGACACCCAUCCGAAACGCGGUGUCUAGGGAUAUUGACCUCGCGCCUUACGAGCCAGAUCCAGAUGCAAAGGACAAGACGUGGCUACGCAUAUCUCAUGUGUGCCAACGUUGGCGGGCGAUCUCGCUAUCUUGCUCUAAUGUCUGGUCCACUAUCAACGUCACCUCGCUGCAAACCAAGCUGGCUCUAGCAUCGUUGAAGAGAGCCCAGCGUGCUCCACUGACGGUCAUCGCCGACUGGACAACGCUGUACUCGAGUGACUUCGACGUCCUUGAGGAUACUACGGCAGAAGCGCUCUUUCAUCUCUCUCACACUCGGCAUCUGAUAGUCCGCGGGGAUAUGUCCCGCAGCGCUUAUGAGCGCAUCAUCCCUAUCAUGCAAGCCCAAGAGGCCGAUCUCUUAGAAACUCUACAGCUCUCGACAAAAGCCUAUGUCGAAGACUCCGACAUGGUCCCAGUCAACCUGCCGGCCGCCCUAUUCCUACAACGGGCACCGCGCCUACGCCGACUCGCACUUCAUGGCGCUUUCAGCUUCGGUUGGCAUAACACCGUAUUCUCCGGGAGUUUGACCCAUCUUUCUCUCAGACAUAUAUCGUCGACGGCUAUACCAACGUACGAGGCCCUCUUUGAUGUGCUUCGGCGCUGCCCGUUGGAGGUCUUGUCCCUCGUAGCCUCUUUGCCCGCACCCGUCGGCUGGACAUUCAAUCCCGAACGCGACACCGAGAGGCUGCCAAGAUUGAGCGCGGGUGAUGCCAAGCUCCAGCUCUCGCAGUUGAGAACAUGUACUCUGGAAGACCACGGUAUCGAACUUGCCGAAUUCAUUCGUCGCAUUGACGUUCCACGUACAUGCCACGUUUCGCUCUUCGUCGGGCGUCAAAAUCCCAUCGCGGAUCUCUCCGGCGUUAUCCCUUCACCCCUCUCCCCCGUCAUGAGCACCCUCCGCGACUUCUGCGCUUCGCGCAACACUCUGCACCAGGCCGAUCUACAUUUCGAGCAACGCCGUGGUGCACGCUUCCAGUGGAUCUUCUCAGGGAGGGUCACUGAAGCGGAGGAUGCUCCGUGUUCAAUCAUCGAACUGUCGAUGGGCGGGACCGCUGACCCAGACCUUGUCCAUGUCCCUGUGGAGGAUGCGCCGGCAGGAAGCUUCUUGAGCGGCCUCUUCCUUAUAGGUUCCCGUAUGUUUCCUCUACCAGCAGUGCGCUCUGUACGUGUCAGCGUGCGCUCUGUGACAUGUGGACUCUUCUGGGACGUCUUGAUGUAUCUCGAUAACGUCGAAAGCAUCACCGUUGUCGGUCCCGGUGUGCGCUCAUUUGCAGUUUCAUUGGAUGAAUACGCGCAGUUGCCAAAUUUCUUGGCGCGAUUAGGACGAAUCGUUCUCGCUCACGCGGAUCUGAACUUCCCUUUCGUCGAAGUCGCAUGUCUGGAGUCCGCCCUUCGCAGGCGCAGAGGCAACGCGCUGCCCUCCCCGGCAAUUGUACUGGAGUACUGCGAGAUCCCUCAGGGGGCGCUCGAGACGCUCGAGUCAGAAAGUGAUCAACCUAUCGAAUGUGUGGGGAAACCCGACGUCUGGACGCUCGACGCACUGUCGUCGGAUGAAGAGAGCGACUCGGAUUGGGACAGUGAGAGCGAGAACGACGAGUUCCCUUACAAUGCGAUUGUCGAGUCCGAUGCUGGGUCUGAUGCUGGUUCGUUCGGGCAAGAUGACUGA